GCUGAUGGUACAAGAGAUGGGGGGCUCGGCACGCACCAGUAAUCCAGUAAAUAGUUAUCACUUGGCUUCCUCCUGCUCGCCUUGUCUGAAAAAGUCACUUGUUUGAGAACCUAGGCCACGUCUUCUCUUCCCCAACACACACAUUGCACCUUGGGGCCCCGAGUCAUCGAAGUCACUCAGUCAUUGUAUAAAACUCGCACUUCAUCGCGUGUGCAAAAAAGGCCGGUCUGCGCCACACCAUACCGACGCACACGAGUUGUGUUUGCUUUUUUACCGAGCACGGCGUCUGACCAGCGACGGACCAUAACUUCACGAGCCGUUGCGGCCGAAAGAACUCCAUCCGGCCCCGUCGUCCCCUGAUACUCUUGAGCACACAUCAUCUUCUUCUUCGAACAGUUUUACGUACUCUUCGAGUUUGGGAACCCCUCCUUGUUGUUUUUAUUUUAUUUCCUCGAGCUGGCGAAGUGCGGGAUCAAUGCCUUAUUAAUUCAAUUUACCGGUUGUGGAGGAACAGACGGGGUUUGUACUAUAGUUGAGCGAGCCGUCAGGCGAACACCUUGAACCGUUCAGCGCUGCCACGGACGGGCGACACAGACGUGCGAAACUCCGCCACGAUUCCCGGGCAGCUUACCAGACCGUGUACUCUUGGUUGACGACGGCCGGUGACAAAAAUAAUAAUAAAAACCACUGGCUGUGUCCAGUGUUUUUUUCCGGGGAGGGAUCACAGACGAAAUUAGCGGAAUUGUUUGACCGUGCACGAUGGCGACAAUGAUGGAUCUUCAUCGGAGAGCGCACCAAAUGCCGCAUGGUUCAUGUCACGGUGGAGUGAACCAACUCGGCGGCGUUUUUGUGAACGGGAGGCCGUUGCCCGACAUGGUGCGACAGCGGAUUGUCGACCUGGCCCACAGCGGCGUCCGGCCCUGCGACAUCUCCAGGCAGCUCCGCGUGUCGCACGGCUGCGUCAGCAAGAUUCUUGGCAGGUACUACGAGACGGGCUCCAUUCGGCCCGGGGUCAUCGGGGGCAGCAAGCCCAAGGUAGCCACCCCGAAAGUCGUGAACAAGAUCGCCGAGUACAAGCGGCAGAAUCCCACCAUGUUCGCCUGGGAGAUCCGUGACCGGUUACUGGCCGAGGCCGUCUGCGAGAAGGACAGCGUGCCCAGUGUCAGCUCCAUCAAUAGAAUUGUGCGCAAUAAGCUGGGAGACAAGAAACCAGACGAGGACACGCUGACUGGCCUGGCCUCAUCCUCAGCCUCAUCUAACAGCAUUCUCUCGCCGGAGGGGGACCGAACUGGCUCUUCUUAUUCCAUCAACGGUAUCCUCGGCAUCCCUAAACCGGAGAAGCGACACAAGCGGGAAGGAUUCCCUGAAGAAGGUGGUCACGGCAAGAUGGGCGGCGAAGACAAAGCGCGGGAAAUGAUGCGGACGAAUGGGGGCGCCUUCUCCCCUCACCAGAUCGAGGCCUUGGAGAAGGCCAUCGACAAAUCCCAGUACCCGGAUGUGCUGUUCAUGCACCCAGAUGCCCAUGGCAACAGGAGACAGGUCUCGACGAGCGAGUACCAUUCCCUGACAGCUGCCCUCGGUGCCUCUACGCAUGCGUCUGACGUCAAACCCCACGUUAGCGAUCCUCAUCAUCAACAGCACCACCAAGCGGUGACCUGUGGUUACCAAGGGUCGGCCUCUCACACCAUCACUUCCUCAACCAGCAGCAGUGCAUUGAAGCACGAAGGGGCGCCCGCUAGCGGCACUCUAACAGUACUCCAGCCGGCCACAGUGGGCGGCAUGGGCGGCUACAACCACUCGCAUAGCGCCCUCUCGCAGCUCAGCUCAGCAGCUUCAAACUUCAGCCAAUAUUCAGGUUCUAAUGCGGGCUAUUCCACUUCAAGUCAAGGGGGUUACGGUUCUGGUUCCAUACACGCAGGCCUGGGUCCGCCACUGGUUCUCCCCCAUGGUGGUGGUUCAUAUGGUCACAACCACAGGGAAGGUGACUAUUCCAAUCAGUUUUCGUCCAUGCAGUACAACCACCCUCAGUUCUCUUCCAUGACGCCCGGCCACUACAACGACUGGCAGCGGCUAAGUACCCAGAGUUUGCUAACUAAACCCGGAACCAGUCUACCCAUCACCAUGACCAGCCAGAACACAGCAACAACGCAGCUGCAGAUACCACAGCAGCCACAGCAGCCACAGCCACAGCAGCAACAGCAGCAGCCACACUCCCGUACCAAUCAGCAGCAACACCAGACACAUGCGCAGUGCGAGGCCCUGGUCGGCAUGACGUCACUGGACACUGUGGUCGGCGGCAACCGGCUGCAGAACGUGCUGGAUUUACGGACGAGUACCACGGGCGGAACCGCGGCCAGCAAAGAUCCUAAAGUCUCUCUGGCCUGGGUGACGUUAGAUCAGUAAUCGAAGGAACAACAACAUGCCAAUCAAAAAAUGAAACCACCAUUAUAAGUAAUUUUUAUAUGUAAAAAAAAAACGAUUUUAAACAGUUCUAUCAAUCUGAAAGCCUUAUAAUAAUGAUGAACUGGUUGAAAGUAAAGAUAAAAUAAUAAGUCAUACAAAGUAUUUACGUAUUUAACUUAAUUAUGACUAAUCAUGUAAAAGCGAUAUCUGAACUUGAUUCCCACAUACGUCAGGCAUACCCUAAUUGUUAUAAACUUAUGGGGCACUUAACACGCGCUAAAGCACAUGUCACAGGUGUUCUUAAAAUGUAGGCGCGCGCGUGUUAACUUUAAGUCAAUCCCAUUGGUCGAAGGAGCAGCGCGUACGCGUGCACAUAUAAACGCGAUCAUGGCACCUAAGAGAUGACUUUCAUUUGUGGUCGCUUGGUACACUAUUAUAAUGUAAUAUGGGAACAUUAACUAAAUGCCUCAGUCGGCUGCUGCCUAACGCGCACGUUUAUAAGGCUUGGGAAAUAUUUCGACCCUAAAUCGACAGGCAGUGACGAAAUGGAAGAAAAAAAGAUCUGCAAACUGCAGUCUUGGACAAAAUUGUCGACACGGUGAAUUUAGCACUUGCUUAAUUCAUUCGGUGUUGUCGACAAUGGCUGUUAAUUUAAUCGACAAACUUCAACUCGCGUGCCGGUCAUGAGCCUAUACCUAUAUACCUGUGCCCUAAACCUGAAACGAAAAUACCUUGUGGUUUACUUGUCUCUAUAUAAGUGCCUGAUUUCCACACACAUUAAAAGAAUACCCACCCUUAACUUUUGCAUGCAACUCGGUUGUUGUACGAAAGAAAUAGCAAUAUCGCAUUCAUUAAUAACAUUCUGUACAUAUUAAAAUUAUAUAUUCGGUUUUUUUCGGUCACUUAAAAACUAGUUAUUGUGGUAUUUAUACGAAACGAACAAACAACAAAAGAGGUUGAACAACUUUAUAAAUAAUAAAGACUGUUUAUAACACUUGUUGGCUGUGUAUUAUUUGACUUUUUAUACACUAAGGGAUGGUUAGUUUUUUUUAAGUUUAAUAUUUGUACAUGACUAUUAUAGGUUUAUCAUGGGUGUUACGUUAUUUACGUUUGUUUGUUUGUUAGGAGUUGGUGCAAUACACGUAAGUUAUUAUUUUUAAAAGACUGGUAUAUGGUAACAAAUUUGAGGGGACGAUGUAUAUAUGGCUGCAAAACGACCGAAUUUCAACCAAAGUCUCGCCAUACACGAGAUUUGUUUUUCAGCUUUUUAGUGUAUUUGUGGUGUGUAUAUUAUUCUGAAUCAUUUUGUUCACAAUCGCAGCAGUCAGUUUGAUGAUGGCCCACAUCAAUCGAUAGAGGGCGUACAUCCACAGAAGCAUAUGCCAAAAAACAAUAGAAUAGUGUUUUCGGCUUUUUGUGACUACUGCGAGUUUUGGACACUAUGGAUGUCUGGCUUCUCAUUCCCAUUGUAGCGUAUCCCUUUUUGUGUUUAUAUCAUCAAAAUACUUUGCAUUCUUUUGUUUUGUUUUCUUUUCUUUUCUUUGUUUUGGCCCGCCGACCCAAGUAAAGUAUUGAACAUCAGUUCUAAACAGUGCUCCGUGUUUCUAAAACAUGCACUGAAUGUCUCAGGCGUUUUGUACUAUUUAUAACUUGUCAUAAUAUUGGCUGUUUUGUAUAGCUUUUAAUUACGAGGUCUUCUAGACAAUGUUAAAAGGGAUUUCUUUGUUUACGUUAACAUGCAUGCGACAUGCAACAGUCGUGACAUCAAUUGGUUGUUUUUAAGUAACCAAAUGUUACUCAGAAGAGAGUUUUAUAAACUGCGAGUUAUUUAUCGGGAAAAUUGGAAAUUGUUAAUUUGGGAGAUAUAUGGCGUGGAGAUAGAACAGUUACUGCAUUCAUUGAAACUAUGUGAUAACACAAGCCAUAUUGAACCGAUUUAUUGAACUAAUUCGACAAUAAACGCACAGACUACAUUGACGGCUUUGUUUUCGUCAAUUAUUUCAUUCAUAAAUCAAAAUUCGGGAAGUCAUUGAUACUGAAAAAAAUAAUGACUGAAUUUAAGGUGAUUCAAAAUUACUGAUAUUUUUUUAUUUGGAACACAAACUUUCAAGUGAGUGUUUGACUGAUCUGAAACCUUAUUCUAAGUUCAUUUUUCCCCUCUAUAAAUAAAACUAGAGAGCUGCAUUUUUGAAUAUUCAUUUGUUUAUAAUGAUACUAAUUAUAGUGGAGCAAAUUGUUUUUGUCAAAUGAGAGUACAAACAAACAAAUCGGGUUUUUUAAAUCGGAAAAAAAAUUAACAUUGGUCAUUGACCAGAGAUUUGUAGAAAAUGUGCUUGUAUCAUUUCAAGACAAACACCGAAUUCACUGAUUCAACUAAUUCAUUAAUACUAAACCACCGCGAUUUUUAAUUUUUAUUCUGACAAAAUCUGCUGAUUGGUGAAAUAAUUUUGUUCAAUGCAGACUGAUGGCAUGAUUCGUUUAUUAUUUGUAGAAUAGCAAGAUAUUUAUCGUUUACUUUUUUAUGUAUACGGUAUGCCCAAUGUUAAGAAAGUGAUUACAACUGAUGCAUAUUUCUGCGCAUUGCUUUUGCUUUUACUUCAAACUUGAAUACUUUCUCAAUAAUAUUGUUAUAGUAACAUUCUGAUAUUCAGACUCUUGCUACACGUGCAUUCCUUAACAUUCAUUCCUGUUUUCCAUUCCAUUUUUUUCGGUAUCAUGUGUUGUUUAUUUUUUAUGGGUGUUGCUAGAAUAUAUUCAAGAUUUAGUUAAACUUUCUUGCAUUCCGAUCUUUCCAGCUUAUAAAAAGUCGCAAACCUCAGUUUAAAUAUCUUAACUUAUCUGCAAAAUUCUGAGUGUAAUGUCAGUUGUGAACAAACAACAUUCAUUUGUAAGAACAACUCUUUAAAAUGUCUAUUUUCGAUAAACGUCAUUCGUCAGUACUGUGUAACACUGUGUACUAGUCUAUACAUUACGCAAACUCCUUUUUGAAUGAUUGUCAGUUUUUUGAUAAACAAAGUAUUCCUUAUAAUGUAAAAUAUAUAAUUAUCUUCGCUGUUAUUUUAUUGUUCAAAGUUUCCAUUGUAUAGUUGUCUGGGACGAUGUGACCAACUUUAAAAGAAAUACGGGAGAAAAACUGAAA